UAAAUAGAGCACUAACUAAAAAGAAUGAAGGCAAGAAAAUGGAUUCUCAUGCAACAGUUUGAUGGUUUUCCUAAGCUGACAGAUCUGAAACUAGUAGAGGAGGAUUUACCUUCACUGAAAGAUGAUGAGAUUCUUAUAGAAGCUCUGUUUCUUAGCCUUGAUCCAUACAUGAGGCCAUUUUCGAAAGCUCUACCAGAUGGUUCAACAAUGAUUGGCACCCAAGUUGCCAAAGUCGUGGAAAGCAAGAACUCGGAUUUUCCAGUUGGAACGAUGGUAAUUGCAGAUUGUGGAUGGAGGGAUAGAUCCGUCCUUAGUCCCAAAACGACGAAGAUCCAAAAAAUGUGGGAUACAGGCAAACAUAGCCCUUCUCUUUCCCUUGGACUUGUUGGCAUGCCAGGACAAUCUGCCUAUGUUGGCUUGUUAACAAUCUGCAACCCACAACCUGGGGAGACGAUUUUCGUCAAUUCUUCUGCUGGCAUUGUUGGCGCCAUCGUUGGACAGAUUGGAAAGAUUAAGGGCUGUAGGGUGAUUGGUUGCGCGGGUACGGUUGAGAAGUGCAAGGAGGUUAAGGAGCAGUACGGGUUUGAUUACGUCUUCAAUUACAAGACGUGCAACUUGAAUGAAGCUCUCAGAACGGCAGCUCCGAAUGGCAUAGAUUGCUACUUUGACAACGUUGGAGGUCAAAUGUCAGUUGAGGUCAUUUUUAACCAUCUAAACCAAAAGGGCCGAAUUGCUUGUUGUGGCAAUCUCUCUGCUUACAAUGCAAAAGAACAACAAACUGGUCCGUUGUUUUUCUUUGAAUUCGUGAGAAAGGAGUUGAAGAUGGAGGGAUUCAUGAUUUACAGUUACGAAGAGAAGUUGCCAGCGGCCAGUGCUCAACUUCUGAAGUGGCACGAUGAGGGCAAAUUGAAGAUAAAUGAGGUAGUGGUUGAUGGCUUUGAGAACAUGCCUCAGGCCUUCAUCGAUUUCCUCAGAGGAUCGUACAACGGAAAAGUCGUCAUUAAAGCUUAACUUUUUAAAGAUAUCUCCUCCCCAGUUUUGCAUAUAUUGUUUUGAUUAUCACACAUAGAAUUGAGAAGAUGGCUUAAUAAAAACAUUUCCUCUUUCCAUUAUUAUCAUUAUUUUAUUUCACAAAAAUGACGAAAACUUUUUUGAAAACGUCGACACAAAAUGGAAAUGAAACUUGAUUAAAAUGUUGACAGGAUGAAAAAGCUUAAGGAAAGUAUUCGAUGUACGUUAUUUAGCCGAGAACCACUGUGAUUUGAACAACAGAAUUUUCAAAUUCAUCAACGUUAAUGAACAUUCAGUACAAAGCAUCACAAAAAUAUAGUUAGUCUUUAAACUGGUUGCCACAUUAAAUUUCCGAACUGGUGAUCCUGAUAAAGUCUUUCGUUAUUUUGUCGACUGCCUCUCUAAGAUGCGGAGGGACCUGGUUGAGACGUUCGAUCGUCGUUUCCACGUUCGUACUCACGUGGUCUCGUUCGCCGUCGUUCGUCAUCUGUUUGUUCACCUUGCAUCUCAUGAUCACUCUGCAAUUUUGAUAAAAUUUACAAUUUCACCUCAAUUAUUUGAAUUUUUAGUUAAUAAUAAUCGUAAACCGC